AUGCUCCGUCCACUUUUCCCUCUCAGCCUCGCCGCUGCUAUACUUGCUACACAAACCCUCGCACAGACCUGCGAUCCACAAUACCUACUCUGCACGCCCCCAGACGACGCAGGCUCAAGCAACGCUGCCGGCACCUCCAAUGGGGCCAUCACCGAUCCUUCAAUCUUCAACUGGGGGCCCCUGCAAGAAGUCGCCAGUCUCCCAAUCGGCAAGCGCCACCGUCUAGCACGUCGUCAAGAGUUCACCGACGCUGUAUGCUGCUCCCCUGACGUCGACUGCCUAGCCAUCGAGGACAUCCCGUUUUGCUAUGUAAGCCAUAUCCCCUUUACACACCAAUCCAGUCGCUCAUCCUUUCUUUCUUUCCUUCAACAGGACGAAACAACGACAGAAUUCCUCCUUCCAGACGCAUCCUACGGCUUCAUAUCCAACGCAACCUACUACGGCAAUGACGGCACCUUCGUCGAUUAUGGCAACGGCUAUUAUUCCGCAGCUGACGGUUCUACCGGCACUUUCGCUGCUGCCACUGCGACAACCGGCACAGCUGCAGCUUCCAAUUCAGCUUUGGUGAGCGUGCAGAAAGUCGCGAGUAAUCCUGCCAGUGCGCCAGCGAGCGCCUUGCAUACGGCUCCCAACAAGGCUUUUGAUGCUCACUCGGCGUCGGCAAGUAUGACUGGUGCUGGAAGUGUAACGGCAUCGACGCCGAGCCCAACGGCUACUGGGAAUGGUGGGACAACACAGGUUGGUGAGGGAGCGAGAGGACUUGCUGGAGGUGCUGUGGCAUGGUUAGGAGGACUUUGGUUUGCGGCGUCUCUUGGUCUGUGGCUGCUUUGA